ACCAAAACUGAGUCAUGCGUUAGGCUUGAGAACGUUCCAUUUCCAUUCAUUCCACCAAUUUUCGGCCUGCCAGCUGCUAUGUUGCAGCACCUGGCCGCGGAUCUGCUGGUUGAGAUCCUGUCCUACAUCACCCACGAGUCUCAAGGCUUAACCUCCUUCGGUGCUCUUUGCCAAAAGGUGAACGGCACUCUCAAUGAAGAGAGUGCUUGGCAACACCUUUGCCAGAAGUACUGGCAUUCCAGCGACGCACGGCUCAAAGAUUGGCCUGUGCUCUCUGCGAAAGGUCUUUACCGAGCACUGGAGCAGUGGAUGCCGAUGGAAGGCUUCUAUGUUCUGACCAACGCGUUCCCUUGGGGCUUGUUGGCCUUACUUAGCAUCGAGCAGGGCCAGCUUUGCGCUCGGAUGGUGCGCUUUCUUCCACAAGGGGAGAGUAUCACUGAGAUACAGGUCCCGUUUUUCCAGGUCAGCGUGAGCGAAGAACGUGGCAACAUCAGGAGCGUCAUUCAAGCUCCAUGGCUGCAGUUCGACUCUAUGGCAACCAUCGCGCCGAUUGAAUCGUCACAACUGGUGGCUUCAACCCAGGAGAGUCAUUUCUUCUCGAGCCAAAACAUUGGCGAGCUUGGACUCUUUCAAGCACGACGCGCCUUCAGACUGGAGGCUGGUGACAACUCUGAAAAGAUGGUGGACAAGAAACCAGCUACAGCAGCAGGUGUUCUUGGCUAUCCUUAUGGCCUUCAAGAUUACCUGGAUGAGAGCGAGGAGAUUCCGGAAGUUGAUGAAUCCUCCACUUUGAGUAAGAGUUGGGCUCCUGGGCGAUUGGGCUUGGAGGGCGAGUUGAAGCAGCGAACUGAUGCGAUGCUGCGGGAGCUUCUCAGCAGGCCUCGGUUUUGUGACCUCGCCUUGAUUCGAAGCCCUGACGAGUUCAUGCCGGCGGACCCCACGGUCCCACGCCUGCGGCCCGGACUCUAUGCGGGCGACUACGGACACGGCAUGUACGGCCAAUAUCGAGUGGAGGUGCUGCUCUUGGAUUAUGUCUCUUUGACGGCCGAAGAAGUCCGAGCUGAGAUUCAGGACCCACAGCGUCUUUUUAAACGACCUGGAGGCCAUUACCCUGCCCCUGGACAGUUGCGGGCACUGGCCGAGCUCAAUCAAUCGAUCACUUUCAUGCGCGUCGUGAAACAGUGUGGAGAUCUUCACGUCCCCAUGGGUGCCACCACCUUCGUGGCGAUCUGUGCACCGGAAAACGCCCUCGACGGAGCACAGAAUGGGCCAUCCAGAGUUCAGAACCGACAGACUUCGUCCUGGGAGUCUGUGGCCAGAUCCUGGCGUGGCUUCGGGACGCUGGCGAUGCCAGGCUUUGGUCGACCUUCCUGGGACACGGGGUGGCUGGUACAGUUUGCUCACCGGGCUGGGGAAGAUCGCUUUGGCUUCGUUUGGGAUCGCGCACAAGAUGCCGUAGUCCUCAAGUGGAUCGGGCUGCAGGACACUUGCCCAUUCCUGCAGCGAAGCUGGCUGCCAGAGGAUGUGCGAUGAUCGAAAAGGGACUCUUCAGCUCUUUGUGAAGGAAACUGCAUUACAUGCAUCAAAGGUCCAUCUGCAUGAAGCUUUGAAGCUUGGGGAGACACCGAACCUGCCAAGUGGUUUCGAGGUUGGCUUGGCACUCAUGUUUGCG